GGUGUCGCUGCUUAUUGCUGUUCGCCAAAUGAAGUUUGACACUCCUCGCUCGCCGUCCACAGCGGUCUUUGGUAACCUGUCAAACAUGGGGGCACGAGUAGCGCGUAUGUUCCGAAAUUUUAACCUAGAGAACCGGGUGUACCGAGAAAUCUCAAAGGAGAAGCCGCAAGCAGCGCCCCGACACGCGGUCACCGCCCCGCCGCCGCUGGCCCCCAGCUCUGGAGCAGCAGAGACGGAGGAUGUAGUCCACAUGAAGAACGACCCUCUGGUGAACCUCCUCAAGUCCGUGUAUGUGGAGUCCACAGACCCGGCAGCUGCAGAGACAUCAAACCAGGAGGCAGCAGGCACAGAAUCGGAGCGGCGGCCGCUGAAAUUCAGUCUACCCGGGCACUCGUACGGCCUGGUGGAGCUCACAGACGUUCCUAAAGGAAAACUGACCAUCGCUGAGGCUCUGAAGGCGCUGAGCAGCCACCAGAGACAGCCUCAGACCAUGACCCCGGAGAAGAUCGCUCAGGAUUAUGUUCUGGAUUUCAAAGACACUAAAGCUCUGCUGGAGUUCUUUAUUCCCUUCCAGGUUGAGAUCAUACCGCCAAAGACUAACAAAGCAAAGCAGAUUCAGGCUUCUUCGGACUGAUAGCAAAUAGACAAAAUAUAUCAAUAUUUAUUUAUAUAUGUCAAUAAAUUACACCGGGAGAGGGACACGGUUGGAGUCUGCCUAGUUGUGGGGUUUCAUUAUAGGAUGUUAUCAUGGAUAUCUCUACAGAUCAGAUAUUGAUAAAAGCAGAUCAACCUGAUUAAACAAAAUACGAUCAAUGAAUAAAGAAGUGCAAAUAAUUCAUUUUAAAUCUCAUGAGCAUUUUUGAUCUUUAAAUUUCUCCAAAAGAAGUGUAGCCACCCAGAUUAGGAAAUUAAUAUUUAAAGGAAACACAGUUUUCAUCCCAGACUAAGAUAAGAACAACAUGGAGCUCAUGUCCUGUGUUAAACAUGGAGCUGGAGCCAGGAUGUGGUUAGCCUAGCUUGGCAAAAAUGUGAAAGUAAAGAAUAGUUCCAGCAUGUGAAGUUUAACAUAAUUUUAUUUUGUAUACAGAUUAUGAAAUGGAUUAAAUUAGAUGUUGAUGCACAAUAAUUUGGAGGUUUCAAUGGCUGUUUUUAAUCAUCUUGCUAGCAGUUUCCCCCUGCUUGUGGUCUUCAUGCCAAGCUAGGCUAACCAUAAAACAUCUCCAGCACAUCUGUACAUUGAGAUACCAGCCAAAAUGUUAUCAUAGCUUAAAGAGAAGACUAUAAACUGUAUUAUUUAUGCUCAUCUGUCCAGCAGAACCAGUGUUUGUAAAAAAAAAAAAAAAGAACUGAGCCGUUUAUCUUCAACAAGAUGAUGAUAACAGCUUGAAUCUGCAAACACUGCUCAGUAAUUCAGUCCUGUUGUUUGUAUCAAAGUCUGUCAACGUUUCAUCCACUCCAUGUUUUAUUUGAGGAUUUAAAGUUUGUAUUAUAAAGUCCUCAGAUUAAAUGUAUUUGGCUAUUUUGUGCAAUUAAGUCAGAUCCAGAAUAACCUUUUCAUAUCUGGCUCUUAUGGUGAACUGUAUCUAUGUGAGUUGUUGUCUGUCUGCCUUUAAAGAAACGCCAAAUCCUA